AUGGGCGGCGCUUUAUCUUCAUCAGAUGCAAUUCCUGCUUUCUUAAGAACUCUCCUUUCUGGUGCAUGUCCACCUGCUCAUCCAAUUUGGGCUUCGUUCAACAUUACAAGUUUUAAUACUUCUGAAAUGACUAAAGAAGACAUUUUAUUGCUCCAAGAAGUUCGUGACAAGCGCCCUGACAAUUUCGCUGAAUUAGUACGAUGUAUUACCGAUGCUUUUACUCGAGAAAUCAAAUUGGCCGAAAAUGAAAUCCAAAAUGACUCGAUGUAUCUCGAUUUCAGCAUGUAUUCCGAUAUGAUAUGCUUACUUCUUAGCAUAUCUGGGCUCCCACAGAAAAUAUCUCCAUGGUUUAAAGCUCCAACUCUAUAUUUAAAGCAAUCUCUGCCUCUUCACCAAGUUUUAUUAGCGGAAUUCAGACUUCUCAAUAUGACAGAUUCGAUAUUUAAUUGCUAUUCUGAUGAAUUACAAGCAAAUAUUACUUUUGUGAAAACAUUGCUCUUUGUACAACAGGCUGAAGCAUUUACAUACCCCGUAAAGUCAGAUCCAUCGCAAUACUUGCUUUCUUUUGAUAUUUUCCCUGCCAAGGCCUUUCUUCCUGUUUUAUUUGAAUUUAUUCCAAAAGCAAUAUUAACGACACGAUCUGAACCGAUUCUCAAAUACGUCAGAGCUCUGAUCACUGCUUCCAUUUUACCAAUCUAUUGCUGCAAUACUUGGAAAACUGCUCUUUCAUGUGUCGAACAGAACAUAAUUCAUAGGGCGUUCGAGCCAUUACUGACAUUAACAGAUAAUAUAUAUCCUACAGGACUUCCAGGACGAGUUUUGGCCUGUUCAGAUCAACUAAUUUCGCUAUUAUAUACUGUAAUACUCAGAUUCCCAACUUUUCUCAAAUUUAUCGACACAAACAAACUCGCACAGAAAUACAUAGAAGUUUUACUUCUACUUUUCAGAUAUAAAAUGGAUAAUGGCUCAAUUACUUUUAUUCAUUCAAUAAUUUUACUAAUAAUCAGCCAUUUGACAUCAGAUUUUCACUCAUUACUUACUCUGAAUGAUCCAUUUGUUGAAACACUUCAAAUUAAAGAGCAAAGACCUCACAGAGGAACAUAUGCAGAUUUAAUCAUCGAAAUCAUCACAUUUCCUUUGAUAAAAGACUUCAAAUCCGCAUUUCCUCUUGCUCCUCUCGUAACCGCGAUCAUCCAAAACCUUUCUUCGACGACAGCCCACUUAUCUUUCUUUAAUGCGAACAGAAUCUACGAAAUACUCAGACUUUUCUUUAAGUCCAAGGCCGCUGAGCAUCCAGAAAGCAAAUUGCCAAUCGCCAGGCUCUUGAAUUCCAUUUAUCAGUUUAUAAGAUUCCAAACUCUUGGCAAAAAGUCAAUUCUCCUCUACGGUAUUGUCCACCGUGUAAUUAUUGACUCACUUGCAGCAUCAGCUCUUCCAGAAUGGCGAAAACCGGCUGAAAAAAUCAAAAAACUUCUUGAUGCAGCGGAUGAACCUCUCAAAUCAAAGGAAAAGAACGCAGAUGCUGUUCUACAGAAUGCUAUGGCUCCGAUACUGAUAGAAUUUGCUGAUUCGCCUGUUCCUCAGACUUCAUUUACGAUGGGAGCCGAAGUUGAAACAAUUUGGUACGAUUGGUCUCGUAUUUUGCUCUGGAGAGUAUUCCCCGACGAAGCAGAGUUCUAUCAUUUGAAUUUCUUGACAUUCAAAUCUCCAGGGAAUGAAAAAGCCAUUCCAAACCCUGUUCCAGAGGAAUCGUUAUCAACAGAGCCUGCACCAACAGAAAGCUUCGCUACUGGUAUCAUAAACCAAGCAGAACAACAGAAGAAAAACGAAAUUGAAGAAAAAGAAGAAAGUGAACCGGAAGUACAACAAUACAAGGCCAUCGAACAAACGCCUGUCCAACAAAGUAGCGCACAAUCAAUCAUUGAAGCUACAAAGCCCGCAAUUUCAAAAAUUCGAAAUCCGAAAUUGCAAAUCAAAGAAGUUUCGGAGCCAGAUCAGUUGCAGGCACCUGUAAAACACGCAAAGACGCUUGAAGAGCUUGAUAAUCCAUUUGGCAGCGACGACGAAGAUGAAUUAGCCAAAUUCUUAGAAGAUUAA